AGUCUAUGUUGUAAAAUGGCGGUGUUUCAUUAGGUGAAUAUAUUUAGCUGUUAUUUUGCUAAAUCGGAAUCAUGUCGGAGGAAAAAAUCGAAGUGGAGACGUUUUUUGGGAGAUGUAGAUGUUGCCUCGCUUAUGGCUACUUAAAAAACAUGUGGUUAGAACAUAAAUACAAUGGAAAUUCGGAAAUAUACGGCGAAAUGCUUGCCAAAUGUUUUGCAUUGACUUGGGAUCAUUCUGAGGACUCCGCAGAGCAAGAUCAGAUAUGUGAAGACUGUAUCAUUAGGCUCCGCGAUGCGCAUGAAUUCAAGAAGGUCAUCUUGGAUUCACAGGAUGAACUUACAAGGAUGUUGGAAGACGAAAAUGAAAUCACAAUAAAAGAAGAAAGACUUGACGAGAAAUUUUUAGCUGAACAUCCAGAUGAUGAUGAGGACAACAUGAGUCAUACGGAGACAGAAUAUAUUUCAUUUAACAAUGAUACUAUGGAGAGCAUCAAAGAGGAGGCUCCGGACGUUGAGUAUACUGAUGUGGAGUAUUUGGAGGAUGAAGUAGCAAAUAUCACUGCGGUUGGUGAUAGUGUAAUGGGUGAAUACAAUGCUAUAGAAACUGGUGAUUCCGAUUCAUCACAAACAUACAAUCCGCAACCAAUACAAAGAAAGAAAAGACCAAGGGUUUUCGAUACAGAAGAAGAUGAAAGCGGAAAACCUAAGAGAAAAUGGCCACAGAAGCUCCCUAAAUCAGAGAGGCACAAAACUUACAAACAGUAUUCUGAGAUGGAUCUAAGGAAGUGUUUGGAAGAGGUCCGUAGCGGAGCCCUAACUCCUGGUGAUGCGGCCGUCCAGUAUAAUAUACCUAAGAAGACCAUCUGCGCCAAAGUCAAAAUGAAUACUACAGAUGUCCCGAUUGACAAUACAACGAAAUCGAAAUUGGGAAGACGCGAAAAACGGCUAAAGAAAAAGCCAACAAUAUUUAAACCCUCGGCAUUGGACGAGAAAACCAUCAAACAAAUAGAAAAUAAAAAAUUAAAAGUAAAAGAAAGAAAGAAAAGUGUUGAACAGAAGGAAAUUAGUAUCAAAAAGAAUAAAGCUAAUAAUGAUUUUAAAGAAAAAGUAGAAAUUAUACUAGAUCCUAUUAAAAAAUUAGAUCAAGUUGACGCUGAGCAAGUUAGGACACGUUUCAAAGCUAUAGUUAACGAAAAACUCAAAAAAGGCAACAAAGAGCGACAGAACCAAGAAACUAGCGAAAUGAAUAAGCACAAACAUAAUCUCAAAAAUAUUCUGGAUCAUUCUAAUGCGACGGUUAUAAAAGGGUUUUGGACUCGCGGUUAUCAUUGCGGCUUUUGUAAAGAGCACAGGCAAACAGCUUCAGAUUUAAAAAAGCACAAUUUAGAAGCGCACAACUUGAUAGAUGACGUUAUAACAGUCAAAUACGUUUCCGAUUUAUUCAUUAGACUCGAUAUUACAGAUUUAAAAUGCAGAAUUUGUAAUGCGAAAUUAAAGAAAAUUGAAGAUUUGAUCGAACAUUUAAGUAAAGCCCAUGAUAUAAAGUUCCAUACGGAUAUCAAAAACUAUAUCGUUCCCUUCGUUUUAGACAGUGAAUCGUUGAAAUGUGCGGUUUGUAAAAAGGAGUUUAGAUAUUUCAAGUUACUCUCUGAACAUAUGAGCGAGCAUUACAGGAACUUUGAAUGUUCCCAUUGCGAUAGAGCGUUUAUAAACAAACAAAGUAUGCAAACACAUAUAUACAGACAUAGGAAGGGCGUUUUCAAAUGUUCCCAUUGUCCAAAAGUCUUCGAUACUCGCCCGAAGAAAAGCGUACAUGAAAGGGUAGUUCACGCUCUUUCGAACAAAACUCGAAAAUGUUCUCAAUGCAACGAACGCUUUGGUACCACAGAUCUAGUACAGGCUCACGAAGUGAAAGUACACGGCGUCAAGCCAUUCAUUUUCUCUUGCCAGGCUUGCCACAAGACCUAUAACAGUCAAGGUUCAUUAUUAACACAUAGAAAACGCUAUCACCUUAUGUUAAGACCGCAUAAAUGUUCCUAUUGCGAAAUGGCAUUCUUUUCCCGAAUUGAAUUGAAAUCCCAUAUGGUUACGCAUACUAAAACAAGGGAUUUUAAAUGCGAAAUGUGUUCGAAAUCGUUCGGUACGCGGUGUAGUUUGAAUCAACACGUUAGGGUGCAUUUGAAUGAUCGUAAAUUUAAAUGUGAUCUAUGUGAUCGGACGUUUGUGCAUAGAACUGCUUAUAGAGGACAUAUGAGGACGAAACAUAGUACUAUUGUCUGAUGUCUUUUAAUAAUUAUCAAAUGUGGUUUUCCCCUUUUUUCGUGCUCAUCUAAAGACGAUAAUGUAAUAUAGAGGUCUGUUUGUUUCAAUCAUCAUCAUCAUCAGCCCAUAAGUGCCCACUGCUGACUAAAGGCCUUUUUUCACACGGAAAAGGUUUGAGCAAAUCACCACGCUUGGUUAAUGCGGGUCGGCGAUUUAUAAUUAGAAAUUAU